CGAAGUAUUUGAUCAUGUCUCAAUGCCUUGCAUUCUGUUGAGAUGACUGCCUGCCAUGGUGUCUGGUCGAUGCCGCUCAUGACAUGCAGCGCCAAAAUCCGGGUCUUCACUGGGGUGUAUGAUUUGAAUGGUUUCCUUUUCCGUUGGCAUGUUGCACCGUUCUUCGUCGUUCUUCAUUGUUUCGGUUGGGUUUCUGGGAGGGGUAUGCAUGCAUAUUAGGACGUGUCAGCAUGGUCCAUCGCUACAUGGUGCUUAUAUCUUGUUCCUUUUUGCUUGUUUCUUACGCUUCAUGUUGGUGUUUUCUUCUCUCUUCUAACUACCUCUAUGGUGGUCUGUAACGAUAAGCCGAGCCAUAAAAACACGAGUCCACGAGAAA